GCAAGACUUGCAUGGGGCAGACUCAGAGAAUAUAUAAUUUCAACGCACCAGCAAUAGCUUACAGUUUGUUGUGGACAGUUAACACUGACUACCUGACCGAGCCGUUGCCCUGGCCUUCCACUUCCCGUCAAGCACCGCAUUACCCACACUGACGCAGAGCUUUAUAUACUAGCAUCUACUUGUUGUUCACGCCGCAACUUGGAAGCCCGAGAAUGCAAGGGCGAAACUCGAGUCGCGCCGGAUGGCUCGCUGUCGCCAUCGCUGUCCUUGCGACGCUCACCCUGGGCGCGCGAGCUGCGGUAUCUUCAUUCAGAGUUGAUGGGUGCAGCUCUGGGACCAUUGAGGUGGUGGUCGGGCGCUAUGGAGUUGCAACGGUGCCUGCCGGAAUGAGCUGCACCUAUAACAUCAAGCCAGCUGGCUCGCCCACUGAGCUUUUGCUGAAGAGCCAGAGCUUCAAUGCCUGGGUGUGCGCCACCAACGACACCAACCCCUCCACGGGCGCGUGUGCCGGUCGUGUCAACCUCACUGCUGGCGCCAUCGCCAGCCUGCCGGCUUCUUCCUACCCCGACGGCCUCUUUGUGGUGAUCCCGGAGCCCUCCAUGCUCCAGUUCUCCACUACCAUGGCGCCCUGCGCUCUGGGCCCGGACGCGCCCCUCAACAGCCGCUGCUCCUGCAUCGGUGACGGCAACGAGACCAUCCCCAACGCCCUGCCCGUCCGACUGCAGCCCUUCAGCGCCUCGGAGCUACCGCUCUCGCUGUGCUACUCCAUCCCCAACCUAGGCUCGCUCGCCACGCCCUCCAGCUACCUCCAGCUGGAGGCUGUCUUCAACGUGGCUUGGGACUUCGGCGCCCUGCCAACGUGGUUUGCGACCGCCGGAGGCUUCACGGCCCUGCUGUCACGCUACACCUUCCCAGACGGUGCGCUCGCGCCACCCGGCUACUACAACACCUCCUUCCUGCACUCGGGUGAUGUCGCAAUGGCCCUGACCGUCUACAACGUCGCUGGCGGUAACAGCACCGUCUCCAGUGGCGGGGUGUUGCUGGUGGCGCAGCCACUGAAUGCCAUCUCCGCCACCGUGGCCGUCACCUACUCGGCAGUGGAUGCGGCACAGGGCGCGAGCGUCAUCGUCUCGCUACUGCCCCCGCCUCCGCCACCCAGCCCCGCGCCGCCAUCGCCCGCGCCUCCCAGCCCCCCGCCCAGCCCCACACCGCCGUCGCCUUUCCCUCCCAGCCCCGCACCGCCUAGCCCCGCACCGCCAAGCCCCACACCGCCCAGCCCCGCGCCUCCGAGCCCCGCACCGCCCAGCCCCGCACCACCCAGUCCCGCACCUCCGAGCCCCUCGCCACGCAGCCCACCCGUGUAUGGUGUGUACGGCGAUACUGAGGACUGGCUGGCGCCACCUCCUGUCGUUGACGGUGCCGAUGGCCAAGCUGCGCCGCCCCCCGCUGGUGGCGAAUGGGUGGAGCCUCCGACGUAUGGCGAUGCCCUGUGGGGCCCUCCUCCCUUGGACGUGGUCGCCCCUCCUCCUGGCGACCUUGCUGCGCCGCCUGUUGCCGAGGGCGGGAACGACACUUGGUCCACUCCGCCGCCCAUGGAGGAGCCCCCCACGGGCGUCACCGCGCCGCCACGCCCGCGUCGCCUGCUCAGCCCGCCUUCGCCACGCCCGCCGCCUAUCAUCCACAGCCCCCCUCCUUCGCCUGUGCCAUCCCUGUCGCCCUCGCCGUCUCCUUCACCCUUGCCCGCUCCAUCACCUGACGGCACCGCGACCACCCCCAGCCCUAGCAGCCCCAGCCCCAGCAGCGGCACGGUCGUGCCAGUCACAGCCAGCGCACCCCCUCCGCCUGCGCCUCAGAGCGGCACGUCCCAAGUCGGAGAGGUACCCAGCCUUGCCGCGCCGCCGCCGCCCGCGCCGCCAGCGGGCGGCUCGGCAUCCAGGCUGGGGCCUCUGGGCCGGGCGGAGGCGAUGCUGUACUCGACCCUGAUCGGCGCCGCGUGCCUGGCGCUAAUGAUGUUGUGAUGUGACAUGACGUACUGAGAGGGACUAGAGUGCGACUAGAGUAGAGCGAUGUGGGGAGGGGACGUCGUGGUUGCUAGUGCGUGAAAGCCCUGGCUGUGUGGCAUGGUCCGCAUGUAAGGUAUGCGUAUGUGUAUGUAUGUAUGUGCGUGUGGUGUGUGUGUGGGUGGUGGUGGUGGUGGUGGUGGUGAUGGUGGUGGUGGUGAGACAGACAUUCAUGAGCUUUAUGGUUGGCGUACAUACUGUUUAAUCAUCAGCUGAAGACUGGACGGGAGAAUUUGCAUCUACACCGCACUGCCCCAGACAUGGCCGCGAGCUAUCUGUUGGUGGCCUUCUUUCUGAGCAGUCACAUUAAGCCACGGACACGGCCAAGGAGGUGCCGCAUGAGGCCGCAUUGCGCGUGUUGCACCGGGAAGGGCGGGGCGCUGCUCCAGCGGACCCAAUGGCCUAUUGCGCGCGCCACACUUAUCUGGAUGGUCCACUACAUACGAAACGUGGUCGCCUCGUCAAUGUAACUGCGCAUCAAG